CUCUCUUUCUACAGUAGUACACAAGUCAGGCUACGGCCGCCCAUAACCAUGUCCAUAUUCCAGAGUAAUGAGCCCAGCUCCACCUUUCUUCUCCAAUGAUCCUCUGCGUUUGAGUGGACUCUCUGCUCAAUGAUCCUCUGCGUUAGAGUUUCAAAAGCUCUAGCUUUCACUACCACUACCACUGCCGCCGCCACCUCCAACUACAACUCCUUCUCUCUCAAGGUACGCCUUCUCUUUCCCCUCCUCUCUUCUUUCUCUCAUUAUAACCAUUCAUCCACCACCACCCUCAUCCUACCCUCAGUCUCAGAAACCCAUUACAGAGACCUCUUAUUCAGCACCAUUGAGAAAAAGCCCUGGGCUUUUUGCUCCAUUAACUGGGUCUCCCAUAAGUUUCGACCCGUUAUUCUCGACUCUGAGUUGUUCGUACGGGUCGUCCGUUCUGCUGGGCAAAGACCCAGAAUCGCUUUGCGUUUCUUUCGAUGGGCCGAGGGCCAACCGGACUUUCACCGCUCUGAGUUUGCUUUCUGUGCUGUUCUUGAGAUACUUGCCGAGAACGAUAUGAUGAGCUCGGCUUAUUCGGUUAUGGAGAGAGCGGUUAGCGUGAAUAUGGUUGGGAUUGUGGAUGUUUUGAUGGAUGGGUUUGUGUGUGCUGAGGUUUCUGUGAAGCUUCUUGAUUUGUUGUUGUGGUUAUAUACCAAGAAAUCAAUGAUUGAACAGUGUUUGUUGGUUUCUGAGAAAAUGAUUCGAAUUGGGUUAGUACCUGAUGUUAAGAAUUGUAAUAGGAUUUUAAGGAUACUUAGAGAUAGGAAUAUGAUAGAUAAAACUAAAGAGGUUUAUAGAACAAUGGGUCAGUCAGGGAUUAAGCUCACAGUUGUUUCUUAUAAUACUAUGUUGGAUUCCUUCUGUAAGGAAGGUAAAGUGCAACAAGCGCUUGAGCUCUUACUAGAGAUGCAAAUGAGAGGCUGUGUUCCUAAUGAUGUAACUUACAAUGUGUUGAUUAAUGGGCUGUCGACCAAAGGGGAGGUAGAGCAGGCCAAGGGACUGAUUGGAAAGAUGUUAAGAUCAGGAUUAAGAGUUUCUGCUCACACUUAUAAUCCUUUAAUCCGCGGUUGUUGCAUCAAAGGAUUGCUAAACGAGGCAUUAGGCAUUGUGGAAGAGAUGAUCAAAAGUGGUGUUCUGCCUACAGUUGCAACGUACAAUACAAUCAUUUAUGGCCUUUGCAAAUGGGCAAGAAUGGAUGAUGCCAGACAGUGUCAUUCUGAUAUGUUGAGGAGUAAUUUGAUGCCAGAUAUAGUAACAUACAAUACUCUUAUAGAUGGGUAUUUUAAGUUGGGAAGAAUGAGGGAGGCUCUCCUUGUAUUUGAUGAGUUGAGAUGUAAGAACCUUGUUCCUACCAUUGUUACUUAUAAUACUCUUAUAGAUGGUUUUUGUAGACUGGGGCACUUGGAGGCUGCUCAACUACUCAAGAAAGAAAUGAUCAAUCAAGGAAUUCACCCUGACGUCUUUACGUACACCAUCCUGGUGAAUGGGUGUCGCAAGGCCGGAUAUUUAUGGCUGGCGAAGGAAAUCUUUGAUGAGAUGUUGCGCGAACGCAUAGUACCAGAUGGCUAUGCUUACAAUACACUAAUAGCAGGUGAGUUGUUGCUUGGGGAUACAUUGACAGCAUUUGGUAUCCGAGAAGAAAUGCUUGUAGGGGGUGUGUGUCCUGAUUUGGUCACUUACAAUAUAUUUGUGAGCGGUCUUUGUAAACUGCGGAAUUUGAAAGAAGCUUGUGAGUCAUUGCAGAGUAUGUUAGGUGAUGGCAUUGUCCCGGAUCACAUGACAUAUACUAGCAUCAUUCAUGCUCUCUUGGUAAGUGGACAUAGGAGGAUGGCCAUACAGAUAUUCUAUGAUAUGCUAAAGAAAGGAGUGUCACCUUCGGUUGUAACCUACACGGUAUUGGUCCACACACUUGCAGCUGAGGGAAGUCUAGGACUUGCAUUUAUGUAUUUCUCAGAGAUGCAAAAGAAGGGUAUCUUGCCAAAUGUGAUCACUUACAAUGCUCUGAUAAAUGGUCUCUGCAAAGGAAGAAGAAUGUGUGAGGCUUACAGAUUACUUGUUGAGAUGGAAGACAAACAAAUACUUCCAAAUAAGUAUACUUUCACUAUGUUGAUAAAUGAAAACUGUGGCAUGAGCAAUUGGCAGGAGGCCAUGAGAUUAUACAAGCUGAUGCUUGAUAGAGAAAUUCAACCUGAUUCUGCAACACACAAUGCCCUUUUCAAGCAACUAAACAAAGACUAUAUGCAGCAUGCUGUCGAAUACCUUGAGAAUCAAGUUCUUUGUAGGGAAGAAACUGUUGAUUCAAAGAGUUGAUAUAUGAUGUGUAGGGUGCUAAGAUGAAUCACAAGAAGGAUGUGUAGUGGUAUUUAUCAACUCCAACUGAUAGCCACUCCGUCGAUAACUGUGUUAAUUCUUUGGAUGAUACUAUGGGUUCUUAAGAGGGAGGCUUCAGGCUGCUAAUGGAUGAGUUCUGCAACCUGAAAUGGCUGACUAAUAUUUUUCUUCAUUUUCUGGCUCUGGCUAACUGUAGUUCGGUAUACUUGAAAGCUGAAGUGGUUUCCCUGACAGAAACCAGGGCUGUAUGAAGCUGUUUUGAGUAAAAAUCUUGGUUGUAUUUAUUCAUUCUUUCAACAUUUUUUGGGAGAAGAUUAUUAGUUGUGUGAGUCCAAUUGUAUUAAUCUUUGUACAUAAAGAGAACUAGGAAUAGAAUUUAGAUAAUGGGGGAUAGUGAAAAUCAGAGUCUAAGAGAGACAUCAUCAGUGAAACUUGUCUUAGAACAAUACCAGAAAACGAUUCAAAUUCAAUCAAAUCGGAAAAGGCUGAUAUGUUAAUUCGUUCAUCAAAACAAUAAUCACAUUUUAAUAUUUUAAUUUGCAUUUGAUGUUGAUAUUCAUGACUAAUAAUAAUAAUAUAGCAUCGU